UAGCUAUUUUUGAAUAAAAUAAUAUUUUUCAAUUGAGGAAUACUACAAGAACAAACUACAAAAUUAUAUUUUACAAUGUCAAUAGUUACAUUUGAGAUACCUGUUCCCAAAGUAUCGGAGGCUGAUUGGUAUUACAAAGUAUCUGAGUUGAAAGAAACUUGUGAUUAUCACAGAAAAAAUGCAUUUGAAUUGAAAAAUGAAUCACAUAAACUAAGGAAUGAUACAGAUAUCACAACUUCUUGGGCUACCCUUUCUACUAAUUCUAAGAUAAUUGACAGGUAUGUUUUUUAUGUUAUUGACUAAAAAUUAGAAUUAAUACCUAUUUAAGUUCAUAAAUAUGUAUUUUUAGAUGCACUGAAGUAUCACGUUGGAAAGAUCUAUUUGAAAUAUAUUACAAACAUAUACAAACAGAAAUUGAAAACAUGAAAAAUGAUAAGAAAAUAUCAGAACAUUAUAUUGAAUUUUUAAAUUUGAAUUUUAGCGUUACUAAUCAUUGUUUAAGUAUAAGAGAAGAACGAGUUUCUUCAGAUUUAUGUUAUGAUAGUGCUUAUGUUGAACUAAAAAACGUACGCAUCAAAUAAUAAAUCAAAAUACCUAUUCUUAAAUAAAUAAUAGAAAGUUCAUUUAGGAACAAUAUAUUUUGGAAAAAUUGAAAAAUGUGUUAACAGACACUAGUCACAAUGCAUGGGAACAGAUUAAUAUAUUGGAAGAAUUACAAAUUAAUGUUGCUGAAGAUUUAGAUAUGAAAAAUCAUACAAUAUGUAUAGAUACAGAUUUGUUAGGAAUGACCAAAGACUCUAUAAAUAUUUCUCUUAAACCAGAUCCACUUAGAGUUCCAAAAGAGUAAGAACAUAAAUUUAUAUAAAGUGCAUACUACAAUAUGUAAUUACUUAUAAAAUACUAAUUAGCUAAGCUAUUCAUUUAUACAUUAACAUUUUUAUUUUUUCUUAGAAAACAUUUUACUGUGAAAUUAUUUCAAAACUUUUACGUGUCUUAUCAUAAAAAAUGUAGAUUUUCUGCCCGUUGAUCCUUACUUUAUUUUAAAACAUUUUUCUAGAUUUCCAAAAGUUUUCAUAAAAAAUAAUUAAUGUUGUAUGUAAUUGCUUAUAACUAUGGUAUUAGUUAAUUGGAAUAUAGGAAUAAUUAAAUUGUUUAAAUAAAAUUAUAAAACAGUCCCCGGCAAUUAUUAAGAUAGAACAUUUGGUACCGUGGAGUUAUUAACCAUAUGACGUUUGGUCCCUGGCAUAUUUUUACUAUAGGACAUUUAGUUAUCAGGUUUUUAAAAUUACUAUAUUUAUUAAUUCAUUAAAAAGUUCAUAUUUCAAUAACAAUUAAUAUGUUUUUAAUAAACAAUUUAAUAUUUAUAAAUGACAAUACUACAAAUAUAUAGGUAAUAUAUAUAUAUAAUAUAUAGGUACAAUAUAAUUACAAAUAGUGAAGAUUUUAAUAAAUCACAAUUAGGUAUAUUAAGUCAAAACAAAUAAAUCAAUUAUAUACCCAGGUGUUUAUUUUUUGAUUUAUGAUUUAUAAUUUUUAAACAGUAUAAAAUGUCAUCAUCAUUAUGCCUAUACAUAUAUUAUUAUUAGUGAAAUAAUUAACUUUUGAAGAAAUUAAUAAAAAAUAAUGAUUUACAAAACUAAAUGCCCUGUAGUCAAAAUAUGCCAGGACCAAAUGUUCUAUGGCUAAUAGGCUAAUAACUCCUCAGGACUAAAUGUCCUAUCUUAAUAAUUGCCUGGGACGAAACGUCUGUUUAACUUUUGUUAGUUCAUAGUUGUAGCGACGGUGACAUAUUGCGCGGUGACCAUUAGAGAUUGGUGUCAAAUCUGGGGAAUAUUAAUACCAUAGACCUAUAAACUAUAGUUAUAUGGUAGGUAGGUACGGUACCUACGCGAACAAACAACCAGUUGGGAUAAUCACUCUUAAUUUUAAAUCAGUUCAAGUCCUCAGCUUAAAUACAUUUUUUUUUUUCAUUUUUUGGAUGACUGAUAAUGCGUAUUAAACUUUAUUGUCGUUAUUAAACAAAUAUCAGAAUAAUAUAUGCCUAUUGCUCUAAUAUUUAAAUUUUAUAAUUAUUCUACAGUUUUAGUACUUAUGAAAACUGGCUACAAAAAUGUCACAAUUUGAAAAAAAGGAUUGAAAAUAUAUUGAGUCAAUCAAAAAAAAUUCGUGAAACCAUGUGUGUACCACGAAUUAAAACUAAAAACGAUCUUCGAGCCCAAAAUGAUGUUGUAAAUUUUGCUCUGAGAAGACGUGUUUACGAUACAGAGAGAACUCAAAAUGAAAUGGAAUGGCAGAAAUUGAAUGUAAGUACCGAUAGAUAUUUAUAUUGUAAUAUUUAUUAAACAUUAAUGAGUUUAUUUAUUUUAUUAACACGACAAUUGCGGUGAAUAUAAAAUAGAUGAUAGCUGACAAAGAAAAGUUUUGUAAUGAAAUCCAAAACUUAGAGAACGCUUUGGAUAGGAAAUUGAAUUGUAAAAAGUUAAUAGAAACACGAUGUGAAGAAAGGUUAUAUAGACUCGGCGCCGAACUUUGUCUUGAUAAACCUACUACUGAAUUGCGCAAAGAACAUUUUCAACUUGAAAACACUACUAAAAUUUUAACCAAUAAACUUGAUCAAAUAAAGUAAGUUUACAAAUUAUAAGAUGCUAAAUAUUUGUCAGUUUAUAAUGGGUACCUACUCAGAGGCAGAUCCGAAGUUCAUUUAAGGAACCUAACGAACUGGUUUUAUAUUAAUCAAACUAAAAUAAGAUUUCAGAGGGGGAGAGGUUUAAAAUUUGUUUAAUUCACUAAACAAUCUUAACUAUAUAAAUUAAUUAAACAUUUUUUAAAAAAUAAAAUGCAUGAGGGGUGAAAAUGAUUGUUGCCUAUAAAAUUUAUCAAUAUGCAAUCAACUUACCUAGGUAUGUAUUUACUGUUACAGAAACAUGCAUAAUGUGCUUAUGGAACAAGUAAAUGUGAUAGACGAAGCAUUAAAAAACAAAACUCAGUCGUUGAGCAUUGACCAGAAAUGUCUUGAUGCUAGGAAAGUGCUGCAAGGACGCGAUAUUGAUGAAAAAAAAAAAUUGAUGUUACAGUAAAAUACCUUUCUCUGUUGAGUGCUAAUUCAACAGACGCAUUCACAUCCAAUUAUUGAAUGUCCCUCUUCACUGCAUCCUUCCAUCUCGUUCGCGGUCUACCCAGUGGUCGUUUCUUCUGUAUCAUUGCGGUUGUGACCUUUUUUAGUAUAUCAUCUUCAGCUCUCCAAAUAUGUCCAAACCACUCCAUUCUCUUAGUUCUUAUAUACGUUAAUAUUGUUGGUUAUCCAUACAAUUGGUACACAUUUUCGUUUUUCCCCCUUUCNAGUCUCACACGCGUAAGUCACUAUUGGUCUCAGAUAACUGACAUAGAGCAGUGUUUUCGACUUUCUCGACAACAAUUUAGAUUUCAAUAACUUUUGGAUGCUUCCCUACGCCGAAAACAGUAAAAUAUACUCUUCAGAAAGUACUAUAAUAAUGUAUGUUCUGGGAAAGCUUGAUAUUUAUCACAAUUUUAACAAUAAUUUUUACACUAUUUUUUCUGAAUCUUUUAAAUAAAAAUCUACCAAUAUUUUUCAUAAUUUUAACAAUAUUUUUUUUAAAUCUUUUAAAUAACAAACUGUUGAUAUUUAUCACAUUUUAAACGAUGAUUUUUACAUUAUUUUUUUUGAUCUUUUAAAUAUCAAACUGUACUAGAAACAUUUAACAAAAUUUUUUCAAAAAAAUAUACAAAAUAAGAGAAAAAAAUUUAGCCCUUCAAAAUUGAGAUGUUGAAAAUUGAUUUAAUAUUGAGAUGUUGAAAAAAAUAAAUUUGGUAUUUUGCUGUUGGAAAAAUUAAUUGAUAUGGAAUGUUGAGAACCCAUUGUUGAAAGAAUGAAUUGACAUAGAAUGUUGAGAACUCAUUGUUGAAAACAUUGGUGAGCUUAAACUCGAAAAAAAACAUAAUUAGUAUAUAUAAAAAAAAAAAAAAAAAUAUUCAAUUGCAACUUUAUACCUGAAAAUAAAGCAUUUCGAAAAAAACUUUUUUGAAUUAAAUUAAAUUUUCCCAUAAUGAAUAAUG